GGGAAAAACAUAACGGUGUGGACAACCCUGGGUAUCUGGAAUAAUUGUCUCUUUCUAUGGCGCAUGCGCAAAAUCUUCACAGCCCAAUGGAUAUGGGGUUAUGGAGAGGAAAAGCCGACAGGAAAAACAAAAUGUGUCAAAGGAACGUGCGGGUACAUGAAUGAAAACGGCAGGCUGUCGAUCAGACAGUAAUAGUUGAUUAAUACAAUCUGAGUCAUUCACGCGCAUGCCUCUUACAGCCGUCGUGUCAUAUUCCGAGCUUUCUCGCUUUCUAACACGGGACAUUGUGUCUGAUGUGUUUCUUACUCAGAUUAUGUUUUGCUACUGCUAUACCCCAUACGGUAUAUCCGGACUCUUAUUCGAGAAUUAACUCUUCGUUACUCUUCGGUACCCUCUCUUGGAUAGGCUAUGAAUCCUCGGAUUAGGUUCACGGGUGCUAUUUCCUAUUACCAGAGGCAAAACCAUGCGAGCAUUAACUACGUUGGACGCCCCCUCUCUCUGAUCCACUUCGGUUAAUCAAAGCAACUAUUUUUUUAAUUUUAUUUUCAAAUGGAAUAAUCAAGAUGUUUAGCAGGCGGCAAAAACUCAAGUAUUUGGUCUUCUUUUUAAUAGUUAUUGGAUUGUGUAACUUCUUAACUCUUCAAAUAACACGUGAGACAGAUAAACAAGGAAAACUCAAUGACAUUGGAGAAACGGACAUUGUAGAAACGAGAAGAAGUUUGGAAGACACGAAGCACGCCACAGCUGUACGUUCUCUUUUAAAUGGAUCACACCGAAGCACACCAGAGCAACAGAGUGGACACGUCAAACAUGAAGUUAAACAUUCCAAUGUGACCAAAUCGGUGGCGCCCGAUGUGAAAUUCACUUAUAUCGGUGAAGUUUCUUGCAAGGAGAAGGCAAGAGUAAUCGCAUUGGUAGCCACGCUGCCUCAAAGCACGGAACUUCGACAAGCAAUACGAGAAACGUGGGGAAAGGUGAGCCAGAUCGAAGACACGGCCCUGCAAGUGAUUUUUGUUACUGGAAAACAACCCCUCAAAGAUAAGGAAGCGAGCGGAAACGAACAACUGUUGAAUGAAAUUAAAACUCAAGGUGACAUUCUGCAAGGUGAUUUUGUCUAUGACAUACAACAUAAAACGACCUUACCACUGCUCUAUGGAGUUUCUUGGCUUUUGGAACAUUGCAAAGCUUUCCAGUAUGUCAUAGUGGUAAACGAGGAAACAGUCGUUAUGGCAGAUAGGCUUCUUGACCGCCUUGAUUACUGCGAAAAGAAUGGUAUAUCGGACUCCAGGACAUGGAUGGGUAAGAUAGUUCCAAAAUCCAAGGUGCAGAGGCUAGAGAAUGGAUUGUUCUAUGUGUCAUUGGAGCAAUACAGUGAGGAGUACUUCCCUCCUUUCUGCACAGAUGAGAAUGGUUACAUCAUCACUAAGACGGUUGCAGAGGAGUUCUUGGACAGUGCAAUGAAACAUUCUUCGUUUAUGCCAAUUGCCGAUGUGUUCCUUUCGAUUGUAUCUAAAGAGAGAAACUGGACGUUGGUGGAAGAUGAUAUGUUUACGCGGAAUAUUUUAGGAGAACAAGAUAUAUGUGCCACGAAAUCUUCAGUAACAAUGCACGUUCCAAAGAAGCCUAAUGAAUUGAUAAAAGCCUGGAAGGACAUUGGCAAUAAAACCCUCUUAAAAGAAUGCAUAGAUCCUGAUCUUGACCUUGUGUUGCCAUCCAACGUGGACAACCGUCCAUAUCUAGAGAAGGUCCUGGCAUACAAGUUCAGCAAUCCACAUGUAUGUUAUGACAAGGGUGGUAAGCCGUUGGAUAUCUUCAUGAUCGUUCUGAUCAGUACGCCACCGAGUCAUGGUGAAAUGCGAAAAGCCAUCAGGGAAACUUGGUGUAAGAAGCAGAAGGUGUUAGGAGAGACCAUCCGAUGUGUCUUCGUUAUGGGCGAGAUGUCUUCAGAAACGGAGGAACUUCGAAAUCAAUUGCGUCAGGAAGACAUCCAGUAUGGUGAUCUCAUUCGAGCCAGUUUCCACGAAUCAUUUCAGAACCUGACACUCAAAGUAGUCUUGGGGUUAAAGUGGAUAUCAGAAAAUUGUCGGCACGCAAAGUACUUUUACAAAGGUGACGAAGACAUGUUCGUUAACUUCGACAACAUCAUCUCCUACAUAAAAAGCCUACGAAGUCAGGGGAAAGCUCUGACAAAGUUUUUCGUUGGGUCGCGGCUCUAUGGCAGCAUACGAUAUUCCCCAAAUAUACCUGAACACAACAGCCUCAAACGGUACCACGUUCCAGAUCACAUGUAUUUUGGGCAUUUCUAUCCUCCCUACUGCAGCGGAGGUGGCUACGUCUUGUCAGCCGAAACCGUACCUAAUCUGUACCAGGAGGCACUGCGAACAUCCUUGAUCAACGUUGAUGAUGCCUUCCAGGGUAUUCUUACCAAAAAGUUAGGUUAUGGUCCCAUCGGAAACAGUGGCUUCAAGAGCUGGGGAGGGAAAACUGACACCUGUUCACUCACUGAUAAAACUACUAUGACUGUUCAUGGAAUCGGAAAAGAGGCUAAGAACUUGUACAAGGUCUGGGAUGUGUACCAUGCUAAAGCUAACUGCACCGGCUUUAGUAUUUGAAUGUCGACAAAUGUACGCUUUUAAAAAGUUAUGUGGUCGUAGAUCUUUAACUUACAAUCUUUAAAAAAAAAACAUUUAUCUGAUUUAUGAUUUAGAAAGAUAUUCAAUAUCUAGUCUCAUUAACAUCAUUACUGUGGUAACAAACAUGAUAAGUUUACAAAUACUUGUAAUACAAAUCUGCCAUCAAAUAAGAAACAGAGGCAUAAUUUUGAAUACUCAAGUGAGACAUUAGAAACUAGGAAGGGAAGCAGUUUUCAUAGUGUAAGUAACAUUGUUGUAUAUCAUGUAUAUGUUCAGGUUUUAUGUAAAUUUUGAAGCAAUAUCAUCUGAAAUAGUGCAUACAAAAGAUGGUGGAAGGUGUGUACCUAGUGAAUCAAGCAGUACUAUUGAUACGCAUAUUAUGGAAUGUAAAAUGGUUAAAAGUAUACAAAUUCAAUUAUUUUUUUCAUGAUUGCAAUAUUUGUAUUCAUGAAAGAAUCGCAAUGGAUAUACGAAGUUGAAGUUGACAACAUAGCCUCUACAACUAAAAGGAAAAUGUAUAAUCACUAUUUCCUUUUACUAUAAUAGAGGCCAUGUUUAUCCUCAAAUCAUGUUUAUGUCAAAUCAAUUGUAUUGUAUCAAAAUGCUGCAAUAAUAACGAUGAUGUAUUUCUGGACCUGUAUUAAUUGUUGUGUAUCAUGAUGAUAUCAAGAAAUGGACUGGUCUUAACUACGGAAAGGUUAGAACAAAGGUACAUGACAGAAUGCGAUGGACAGCACUAGAUGAUGAUGAUGAUGAUCUCUCACAGGAGUUUCGAAGGUUUCUUCUUUUCGUCACUUCUUCCUUUUUGUCGUCGUUUGUUCUUUCUGUGGGUGUAUUCGUUUGUCCAUAGUCUUUUCAACUCAUUCAUCCUCUUUACGUGUAUAAUUUGUAUGUAAAAUGUAUUGGCAUGUUUUUGCACUUUUGAAAGCUGUUGUUUACGGCACUCUCGCCAUUAAAAUUAGCUUUUAGAAAAGUUGCCACGAGUCAAUUUUUGUAUAUACUAUAGACGUGUAUAUUGAAACAUGCGAAAAUUAGGGAAAUAAAUGUUUACUUAAAUAAUAUGUAAGAUGUAAAGCUUUACGUGAAAUGUAAUCACAUGGAAAUGAUUCCAUGAUGUUUAGUUCUUAAGUCGCACCGCAAAAUCUACUCCAAACCAACUCGAACCAGACCGAUUCCUUGCCAUUCAGGAUAUUGUUACUAUUUGUUUGGUGUAUUGACUAUAUGGAGUCGGUCUUGUCAGUGUGUGGAGCAAUCUAGUUUGUGGUGGCGUGCGCUCAAAAUUUCCCAAGGGUUGUCGUCCCUUGCCCAAAUUUUGCCUGUUUCAUUUUUUCUUCUUCUUCCCCAGUUUAAUGUAGAGGUGUUUUGGUCCAGUGGAUAAGACACCGGACUGUGAACCACAAGGCACGGUGUUCGAAUACUUCUGUCGCGGAACUAAUGUCCUUGGCAAGACAUUAAUCUACAUAUGUCAUACUCCAUUAAGGUUAGGUAACUGGGUACCCGGCAGGAAUCCAUUCCUUAAAAUGCUCGAGCGCUGUAUUGACAGCCGUGCCAAAGCUGAGUUAUGACAAGCCGUUUUAACAUUUAUUCUUAUUAUCAAGAAAUGAUUUCUGUUGUAAAGUAAUGGUAAUUCGUGAUAUCAAAAAUCGCUUUUUUUAAUUUUUUAUAUCGAGAAAUAAUUUCUUGAUAUCAAGAAAUAGGAAUAAUGUUAUAACGGCUUGCCAUAAAUACGCAGCAAUACGCAAGCCAAAUACGCAAAGGUGUGACUGAGGCAUUAAAGGGGAAGUCCACCCUGAUAUUAAGUGCGUUUUAAUAUCAUGAUAAAUCAAUCACACACGAAAUGGCAACUCUGUGACGUAUCUUGCGAGCUCCUCUCCAAUUCGCUCUGUGCAGACAAUUUCAUAAAUUGUCAUUGUUAUUGAUGACGGGAUAGAUGUGUUUCAUUCAAGGGUUCUAUAAAACAUGAAUGUAUGAUUAUAAAUGGUCUUUAAGGAAAAUAUUUAUUUUUUUCUUCAGUACUGGGCAAAUGAGAGGGAAGCUUGCAAUCGGUAAAACAUAUUUUAUAAUCACACAUUCGACACUUUACAAACAGAUCAGGAUCUCGAAUAUAUUUGGUCUAGAGUCUAGACAGAUUCGUGUUUUUCACAAGCGAUAGACAUUAUUAAACUAUUGGUUCCGGGAGUGUCGUGUGUCAAACAAUUUGUCUAUGCUUUUUCUUUCUUAAUUUUUUGUUGUUGUUACUGUUCAUGGCAAACACAUGCGAAUUCAUUGGGACAGUAGAGUAGAAUAAUAUGAUUAUUAUUAGAGACGUCGCAUAAAAUGUAUUUUAUCAAGCGCUGUGCACGUAAACCAAGUCUCUUUUGUCAUGAUCGUGUUGUGGGGGGUAUUAGCGCUCUUUGGUCUAGAUUUAAAUCAGAUAUGAAUGAAACGCAUUCUAACAAAAACAGCCUCCACAAUAAUAUUGGAGAUAUUCAGUAGACCAUGAGGCCUACUAUUGUUGUGUGUAUAGAUCAAAGUACCGGGAGUACUGUGGGUGCUGUAAGCAAAUUGUGCUGGCACCGUGAUCGUGAGUUUUGGUUUGCUUAUCUAUUUCAGAUAAGAAAUUUUCUGGCACAUUCAACCUAAACUUAGUAUAAUGUUCAUUAUUUUUAUAAACAAAGUUAAGACAUGAUUUUAAUAAUAAGUUCAAAAACAUUCAAAGAUGGGUGUAUAUGCUGUUGUGUUUCACUCUUGUUGUGUGUUUUUUAAUGGUAGAUUACAGUACUUGCAUUGUGUUAUUAUUUUUAAAUAUAGCAUUACACUUUCGUUUGUGUGUUGUUGUUAUGUUUUUGUUAGGGGGUGCGGGGCAUUAAUGUACAACAGUGUUUACCCACUUAAAAGACAAUCAUGGGUAGAUAAUAUAAAUAAAGGACAAGAUAAGGAAUAUCUACGAAGGCAGCAAAUAUAAAAUAAAAGCAUUGAAAAUCUUUAGAUGUCUUUUAUAUCAGAAAUAUAAUGAAUAGAACAGGGUAAAACAUAUACACUGUCGAUGCUUAUUGUGCAAACUGAAUUGAUUUUUAUAUUACUUGAAUUAUUCAUCCUAGUAAUCUUUGGCAUUGUUCUAUCCUUAGUCUUGUUUAUUUUAAAUGUGCAUUAUAUCUGUCUAGUUAACCUAAAUAAAUGAUUAGAGUCUUGAGCGUGAGCGUUUUCGUCUUGUUCUCGAUAAGUUCUACUAUUCGGUAUUCACCCAAUUCGCAUGUCCUCAAAAUUAAUUUUAUUUCAUUAAGUUCCAGUACUUUUGAUGUUAGUUAUUUUAUGAAGAUAUAAGAAUUAAACUCCUUCAAAUAGAAGAAUAUUCAUGCAUCACA